UCCGGAAAUAAUAUUCCCACGUGAUCCAGAUGGCCGUCAUCUCUCAAUAGACUGGAGUCUGAAGAUGUACACUACUGUUUAUUCAUCAGAUAUGUAAACUGGAUUAUUUAAAAUUGCAAUGUGGCAAAAAACGGACAGAAGUCAAAAGUAUGGAGUUGCUGUAUACAACUUCAGCUCCAGACUGCCACAUAGGUUGACUUUGAAUAUCGGGGACACUGUUCAAAUUGCGGAGGAGUUAGAUGGCUGGUUUUAUGGAUGCAAAACAAAGAACAAAAAUGAGUGUGGGAUCUUUCCAAAGUCAUAUAUACAUGUCCGAGAGGCUGUGGUUGCCAAAUUUGGUUCCCUGGAACGGGUGACAUCGACUGAAUCUCCCAUAGCUCAGGAAAUCAGCACAGUUCUGCGGGAAUGGCACACCAUAUGGAAACAGUUCUACCUGGAUCAGAACGAGGAGUUGGAGAAUAUCCAAGUGAUGAUGCUGGAGUUGAUGGACUGGAGGAAGAAGAUCAUGUCCAGAAAACUCACCAAUGAAGAAGUUAAAGAUCUUCAACAAAGAGUGUCAUCUCGAAUUGACUUUGGAAAUGCGAUGCUGGGACUGGACUUGGUUGUCCGCGACGAACAAGGAAACAUUCUGAAUCCUGAUAACACCAGCGUGGUGGAGCUGUAUAAACAGCAUGAGACGGCGUCUGACAGAAUUCGGCUGGAACAGAACACAGUGACAGGGGUGAGAGACACCUCGAUCACCGGACCACAGACCUUUAACCUGUUUGUCCAGCUCCGUAACUUUGUGUGUCGUAUAGGGGAGGACGCCGAUAUACUGAUGAGUCUGUAUGACGCCAAGUUCAGCAAAUUCAUCAGUGAGAAUUACAUAGUUAACUGGGGAAAAGAUGGUGUUCCAAAGGAUAUAGAAAUGCUCAAUAAUUUCCGGGUUGUGUUCACUGAUUUAGGGUCCAGGGACCGGACCAGAGAGCGUGUUUAUUUAGUCUUCCAGAUCAUCAGAAUAGGUGUCAUGGAUCCAAAAGAUGUAGAAGAUAAGAAGCAAACGAGAAGGCUGCGUCGACCGUUCGGAGUAGCAGCUAUUGAUAUUACAGAAUACCUCAAUGGGCUGAAAAACGAUGCAGAGGAAGAUAAGCAGAUUUUUAUCCCAUUCCAGUCAUGUGGAGAAAAAGAGUUUAUGGAUAGUCUGAUCAAAAAGGUUGUAGUGGCCAAGGAAAUAAACCACAAAGGUCAAGGUCUCUGGGUGUCCUUGAAGGUGCUUCAAGGUGAUGUCAAACAGGUCAAGGAGGAUUAUCCACAUCUAGUCGGACCCAACACAUGCGUCUCCAGGAAGCUUGGGUUCCCUGAUGUCAUUAUGCCAGGUGAUGUGCGGAAUGACAUUUAUGUUACAAUAAAAGGGGGAGAGUUCACCAGGGGACCCGCAAAAACGGCAGACAAAAACGUGGAGGUCACAAUGGUGGUCUGUAACAAUAAAGGGGAGGUGCUAAAGGAUGUGAUCAGCUAUGGCUGUGGAGGGGAUAUGAUGUCCGAGUACAAAUCUCUGAUCUACUACCACGAAGACAAACCAAAGUGGCAGGAGACCGUCAAGGUUGCCAUAUCCACAGAAGAAGAAUUCAAAGGAUUGCAUCUUAAAUUUACUUUCAAACAUCGAUCAACCAGUGAAACCAAAGACAGAUCUGAGCGGCCAUUUGCAAUGGCAUUCAUCAAGCUAAUGAACAAAAACUCCACCACCUUGUCUGAUACAGAUCACAAUCUCUUGGUGUACAAGGAUCAUAAUAGUCCAGACUUGAAAAGUAGUAAAAAAAUGAAGAUUACAGAAAAGAAGGAGGAUCGUGAUAAAUUUUCCCCAUACCUGGAUUUGCCAUCAACCCGUGAAAUAUUCAAUGAACAAAACAUUCAACCAACAGGCAAAGUGACUCUGUUCUCAGGACCUUUCACCCUCAGUGCAAAAGACAGCUUUGUCAUCAGUUCAUUUGUGUGCUCAACCAAACUCACCCACAAUGUUGUUUUGCUGGGCCUACUUCAGUGGCAGGACAUCAUGACAGACACCACCAAACUCAGAGAUCAUCUGGAGAAACUCAUGAAAGUAGACGGAGAGGAAAUUGUCAAGUUUCUUCAAGACUUGUUGGACUCCCUGUUCAGUAUCUUGAUGCAGAAUACCAUCUCAGAUGUGUACGACAACUUGGUGUUUGAUGCACUGGUUCACAUCAUUAGCCUGAUAUCAGAUCGCAAGUACCACCAGUUCAGACCUGUGCUCGAUGCAUAUGUUGAAAGUUCCUUUAGCUUUGCCAUGGCUUACCAAAAACUUAUGAUAAUUUUACGGGAUUAUGUCGAUAAAGCAAUGGAAACAAACCAGAAAAUUCUGAAAAGUGCCAUGAAAUCUCUAGAAUAUCUCUUCAAGUUCAUCGUGCAGUCACGGAAUCAUUUUGCAAGACUGAACGAUGGGCGUGGCAAGCAGUCCUUUGAGUUGCAGCUCAAACAGCUGAUCAAGUCCAUCAGCAAUAUGAUGCUGUACACCAGUGACAAUACGCUUGUGGCCCAGGGGUCAGCUUUAAAAUACAUGUGUGCCACUAUUCCAGACAUUCUCAAGGUGUUUGAUGCAGUUGAACUAAGUCAUUUGAUGGUGGAGUUCAUUAACAAUGUGCCAAAAGAAAGACUGACCAAGCAGAAGUUAAAGUGUAUAGACGACCUUGUACAUAGUAAAUUAUUUGUAUUGCCAGAGUGCCGUUUGAUUCUCCUUCCCAUGAUGCUUCAGCACACGCGAGUAUUGAUGGAGCAGAAAGAGGAGAUUGAGGAUUGUAUUGAAGUUCUCUCCAACAUACUGAAUCUCACAUUCUCCAGAGACAUGGAUAAAUAUGAGGAGGAUAUCUCUCUGAUCACCAAGAUGAGUUUAAGGACCGUUAUUCAGGCCUGCAUUAAUCUAGACAAAACCUCAAAGGAAGCGAUUAAGUGUGUGUGCGUGCUGCUGAGCAUGCUCAGACAGAUGAAGGAGCUGCACUUCUCCCAGUAUAUGGACAUGGAGGAGUUCGCGUUCCUGAUCGACCUGAGGGAUUUCCUGAUGGAGAUCCUGAUGCUUUUCCUGGACCUUGUGUCCAACAAUGUGUUCCCCCCAGACUGGAUGGAAAUGAUCAUGUUGGAAAACAGUAUUAUCCUCCGUGCCUUGCAGAUUUUCGCCAAGGUCAUACAUGACAGGUUCACUCAGGAAUUUGAACGAGAGUUAUGGGGAUUUUUCUUCAAGUGUUCUAUUUCAUUCCUCACCCAAAAGUCAUUACAACUGGAGCACUUUACAAGCUCUAAGAGGUCCAAAAUAGUCUGCAGGUACAGAGAUAUGAGAAGGGAAGCUGGUUUCGAAAUCAGACAAAUGUGGUUCCAUUUAGGUGUCAAUAAAAUUCAAUUCAUUCCGGAUAUGGUUGGUGCUGUUUUAGAGAUGACAUUGAUACCAGAAAUUGAACUCAGGAAAGCCACUAUCCCGAUCUUCUUUGACAUGAUGGUGUGCGAAUUCAUGCAGAUUGAGCCUUCCACCAGGAAGAUUAAGGGCAACUUUAACCAGGUGGAGCAUGAACUGAUCAUGUGUCUGGACGCUCUGGUGGAGGGGGGACAGGGCGACGGAGAGUACAAGGAUCUCAUCUGUGAUAUACUUUACAAGCUAUGCAGCAAUCACAGCACGCUGAAGGAGCAAGGUCUGCGCUUUGUGAACACUAUCAAGGAGUUGUUGCAGCACCUGCUGGAGUACAGGAAGAUCAUCCAGAGCGAAGUCAAGGAGCUCAGAAUGAGCUGUAUUGUCAAUCUGCUGAAUUUCUACCAUGACAUAGGGAGACAGGAGAUGUACAUUAGAUACCUUUACAAACUAUGUGACCUCCACAUGAAAUGUGACAACUACACAGAGGCAGCAAACACACUCAAGCUCCACGUCGGUCUCCUGAAGUGGACGGACGACGGACUGGACCCUAUGUUACAGAGCGGCUGGUACCCCGCGGCCCGCACACACAGGGAACUCAAGGAGUACCUCUACUACGACAUCAUCUCCUACUUUGAUAAGGGAAAGAUGUGGGAGAAAGGCAUCGAGUUAACCAAAGAACUUGUUCAUCUGUACGAAGAAGAGCUUUACGACUACGAGAGGCUGAGUGUUAUCUUGAAAAGACAGGCUGAGCUGUUUGCUUGCAUCAUUCGAGAGUUGCGUCCAGACCCUGAGUAUUUCCGAGUGGGAUACUAUGGACGAGGAUUUCCCUCAUUUUUACAAAACAAGGUGUUCAUUUACAGAGGAAAGGAAUAUGAACGACUCACAGAUUUUAAUUCCCGUAUGCAGACUUUAUUUCCAAAUGCGGAGCUGCUGAAGUCAUUAUCCCCACCAUCCAGUGAAGUCAAGGAGUCAGAUAAACAGUAUUUACAAAUAAAUGCUGUCACCCCUGUAUUAGAGUUACAAGACAGAUUCUUGAAUAAGUGUGUGAAUGAAAAGAUUCUCAAAUACUAUUCUGUGAAUGAGGUUCAGAAGUUUACAUUCUCAAGAAGAAUAGAUGAAUCUGGUGCAGAUAUCUCACAAAUGUGGUUGGAGAGGACGUACCUGACAACACUCUAUUCUUUUCCUGGAAUCCUCUGCUGGUUCCCAGUCAACCACACUGACAUGAGAAAGGUCAGUCCUCUAGAAAAUGCCAUUGAAACGCUGGAAACAACGAACAAAAGGAUCAACUCUUUGAUUGAGCAACAUAUAGCAGACGACCAUCUGAGUACAAACAACCUGGGGAUGUUGUUGAACGGAGUCGUUGAUGCCUCGGUCAAUGGAGGAAUAUCCAAUUACAAAGUAUUUUACUCUGAGGGUUAUGGAGAGUCAGAAAUACAAUUGCAUCUAGUCCAUAAACUCAAGGAUAUCACCAAGAAUCAGGUUAUGCUCCUAAAAGAAGCACUACUUAUUCACAGGCGAAAGGUUUCAGAAGAGUUGAGACCUUUCCAUGACCACAUGGAACAGAGAUUCAAAGAAAUGGUGAAACUGAUUCACAAGGAAUAUAGGCUUAACGUAAGUCAAGUGCCAGAUUCCUUUGCUACCCUGAAGCGAAUCAAAUCUCAAUCAUGUGUGCCCAUUUCUCGAGUCAGCGAAGUAUUGAACAACCCGAAUAAUCCUCAAAAUCUGUCUGAUUCCUCAGCUGCACCUAGUCCAGGCCUGAAGACUUCCCACUCGACUCGUGCUCCAUCUGUGUACAUCAAACCGGAUAAAUCCGCCCCGACCACCCCCAUCAGGCCGAACACCAUCAGUCGGAUGAAUCCAUUUAAACGUACUUCUGUGGCCUCUUUGGCCAAUACUUCUGAUCAUUCCAGUGAAGGAGGGGGAAGCAAUAGAAACUCCCUUGAAGCUCCUAUUGAAUUGUCAGAGCAGUUGACGCCUAGACGACCGUUACGGUCUGAUGAACAGCGCCGCCUGAGUCGUCCAAACAGUUUCCAGUUGAUGCCUCCAAUCAUGAACAGCACUAGCAACUCCAGCUUGGUCUCCAAUACAUCUUCCACUGCUGAGAACAGUGACUUUGAGCUAGGGGACGAGAUGCCGACCCCCCCUCUCCCAGAGAAGACGGCCUACUCCGACUACAGCAAUGUGGAGAUCACACCGUCUCCCUCCCACCAUCGAGCCAACAGUGGCAAUAGAAAAUCCAAGGUUAGUUUUCUGAGGAUCUUCCAUCGGGGAUCCACAGCCAGUCUGAAUGAAAUCGAUGGCCAUAAGACAGACAAAAAGACUUUAGGUAGCCCUGACUCAAUGACUUGAUGUUACUCCAUGCCUGCUGAGAUGUGUGUAUUAGAUUGUGUAUCGGAUUGUGUUUGCUUUAGUGUAGAUCCAUGCAUAUAAACAGGAUUGAGAGAUCAGCCAUGUUUAAUCUGUUGUGUAUAUAGCAUCUGUAUUAUAUUCUUCCCUUAAUACGUUAUAUAUAUAUAUAUAUAUAUACCGCCAUUAUUUACUAAUUUUGUACAAAAUGCUGCAAAUGAUCCUAUAUUUCAUAAAAUUAUACAAAAAGGUAAAUCGAAUGGUAUAUUAAAGGUUUAUUUGCAUCAAAAGUUUGUAAUUUGUUUGGAAAUAGUUUUGGAAGUUUAAUUUAGUGGAUAAGGCUUCUUGGACCAGGAAAAGAUAUUAUUGUAAAAAGGAUUCAUUUGUGUACAUAGCUGACCUCUCAUAUUAAACAGAUUUUGUCAAUGCCAAAGUACGAAGGGUCGGGUUUUUCGUUUGUUUUGAUGAACAUGUCAGCAUGCUGGUGAGAUAUUGUCGAAGGCCAAUUUGAGGACUAAGGAAUGAACACUUGAAGCAAGCUUUAUUUGUGGAUCUGUAAUGUACAUACAUUGAAUUGACUUUAUUUUUAGGAGAUUAAAGAAGUAAGCCUGUAAGCCUUGCUGGCUAUCAACAUCUUAGGGGGUUGCUGCUUUGUUUAUUUUUGCUGUAUAAUUGAAAUGAUUGAAAGACUAUGAGAAGGAUUGGAGACUGUGUCCUUUGUGUUUUGCUUCUACUGUUAGCAGUUGUUCUUGAUUUAUUGUAUAAAGGAGUUGGUUGUAUCACAUUCAUACGAUAAAUCUAUAGCUAAUUGGUUUGAUAGUAAAUAUAGGUUACCUGGUAAUUAAUCAUGCAUAUUAUUUGUUACCUAGGUAAUGUCAAACAGAUUUAGUCAUGUUUGUGUAGAUAUCACAUAUUAACCGCAUAGCUGAAUAGACCAUUUUUUUCUAAAUAAGUAGUUUGUAUAACUUUAUGUAUUUAUUCAGCACAGAACAAUAAUUUAUUAUUGCUUGACAUUAAUAAGAAAAUUGAUAAUCAGAUAAGUUUUAUAGGUAGCUAUUUUUGUUCAUGAGUUAUUUCAAAUGGGAAGGAUUAAACAAUGCGAUAUGCUUGCCAAUGUUUGAAAAUUUCAAUACACAUAUACAUUUGAUAUGCCUUUUGUUAUAAAAGUUGAUUUUUCAUAAAACCACGGGACCAAAUUUUAUAGUUUGUGUACCAAGUUCUUUUCACAGUCACGUUUCCUAGUUAAAAUGGACAACUGACAUUAUGGUAAAAUGCAUUUUUCAUCCUCUCUUGAUUGCAUUGCUAAUUGUGCAUCGAUAUACCGGUACAUGUAUAUUACUGCUUUGCUAUACAUUGGUGAUGAAAGCACCUUCAAGUUUUAUUGAAAGUUGAAUUGUAUGUAUUAUUUCUGCACUGAUCAUGCAUGUCCUUACAAAAUGUACACAAAUAGGUAAGAAUGUGCUUAGUCAGCAUAAAUUUGCAGGUGCAGUGCGGUUUUGUUUUGAAUCUUUUCAAGGGAUGAGGGGGAUUUAAUCAUAUGUAACUCUAUCUCAUCAUAUACAAUUGAACACUUUUAUAAUAUCUGCAUUUAGUAGUAUUUUAAAAUAUGUCUGAACUAUAUGAUUGACAUGUUCUCUUUACUUUCAAUAUCUGAAACCCUAACCCUGUAUCGGGUUAGGUUUAUGUACAUGUAACUCUAUCUAUGUAAUGCAUGUGGAUCUUUCUUGAUUUUUUCAGCCUGUUCCUCCUCUGCCCACAGAGCUGAAUGGAACCCCACCGCCUGUGCCAAAAAAAUACACUUCUAAACAAGCAUCUCUGACAUGACUCUCCCCUACUCUCAGAACUUUUCUGUAUUAUACAUAUCUGCUGUUGCAUGGAUGGAGCUAUGAACUGGUAUACAAACUAACCAUUAUCAUCUUUACAGUCUGCAUAUAAACCAACUUGCCUAUUUUCUUUGGAAAGCAGUUUACAUAAAGAAACCUUUUCUGGAAUCGGUUGUAAGGGAGAGAAAGAGUGUGUGUGGAGAGAGAGAGAGAGAGAGAGAGAGAGAGAGAGAGAGAGAGAGAGAGAGAGAGAGAGAAUAGCUGUUGAGUCAUUAUAUAUAUGAUAUAUGAAGCAUGUUUUAUUAUGUAUAUUGUACAUUGGAUGGGUGACAUCCUGUCUAUUACCAUGUUUUCAUAUUUAUUGUACAGUUUUAUUAAAAGUACCAUUCAUGUUGAUGGUAUAUAACAAAUUUUAGUUAUUGUAUAUUUUUCAAGCUACUUAAUGUAUUAUUACAUUAAUAAUGUUAUUAUACAUAUAUAAAUUGUUUCUAUUUCUAAA